AUGAACUCAAAGAAGGGUGUGCAAGGUUUAAAAAACAGGUCGCCAAGUACAAGAACGACAACUGGAACAAGCAAUAUCAAAUCAACAAAGAACUUAUUCCUGAAAUUAAGAAGUGGAAGACUGACACCCAUCAAGUUAUCGCCUCUAUCUAUAAGUACUCAGAGAACACUAGAACAUAAGCAAGAGCAACGACAGAAAUAUACGAACAACUCCUUUGUUUACAAGAAAAAAUUCAAUUUGAGAAUUCCGAAGACAAAGAAAUUUUCGAGAGAACCAUUGAUCAAGCUGCAAGGCCUGCAUCCUUCGGUUUUGGACAUGCUAAGCUCCAAGAUAAUGAUGCUAGAGAUUAUGUCACGAAAGCCUUUAGAUUACCGCCCAGUAUGCAACACAAGGGAAAGCCCUCUGAAUAGGAUAGAGCAGACAACACUUUUGACCAAGAAUCUAUGGCAGAUCUUUAACAAGCCAAAUUCCAACAGCGUUUGCUCUAAAAAUAACAUCAACAAUAAUCAGCAGCAUGGACAUCCUUAUGGAAGAGAAGGGCUCAGAGUAUCAAACAGGGGUUAUACCAGCCUCAACGCAAGACCUUUCGGUGGGAAUUUUCACCAGAGAGGGAACAGUCGUGGAAACCGUUUCACCUCUUCAACCAGCAGCACAGACACUCUCACCGACAACAAUCAACAGCAGCAAUUCACCAAUUACAGCAACCACUACCACUGCCACAACAGCUACAACCACAACUUGUUCAACAGAAAUACACAAUUCCAGCAGACAACAUCCUUUCGAGGGCCGCCUGACCAGAUUCUACAACAAUUGGACGAAGAUAAUCAAACACUCAUGGCCAUUGAAACUGAUUCAGGAGGGAUACCAGAUCUAGUUUGCAAAAAUUCCAGAACCAUGGUACCCGCCAAGAAGAUCUAUUCUCGUAGAAGAACAAAGGAAAAAAUAGAAAAGUGUACAGAUCUAAGAGCAAAAGGUUACUUCUCUAGGUUUUUCAUCCUUCAAGAAGUCACCAAGAGAAGGCCAAUUCUGGACUGUCGCCGGAUUAGCCAAUCUAUUCAGGUUGAGCACUUCAAAAUUAAAGGUGUUCCAGCCUUGAGAGGCCUAGCCGAACCAAACGAUUACAUGGUGAAACUUGAUCUACAAGAUGCAUAUACAGUAGUACCAAUCCACCCAAAUUCAAGAUCAUUUUUAGUAUCCGAAAACCUUGGUACAGUCUACCAAGUAUUUAGUUUUCGAGCUCAACACCAAGAAGAUGAAAAUCGGAGCCCCAAACUUGAAGAUCAACAAACUAAUGCAACGAAUCAAGCAAGUGAUGACACCCACAAGAAGUUUAUCGAGAAGUUUGUCGACACAGGAAUACAAUUGGGAAGGGCCAUGUCAUCUGGAUCAAUAAGCGGUGGAGGAACUACACUGGUGGAAGGCAUUUUUGACCAAGAAGAAUGGCUUACCCGGCACGGAUUGGGGAGUACAAUCACCGAUCAUGCAAAUGUACAGGUUCUGGGCGAAGGAAGAGGCACAAAUGUCAAUAAACGUAAGAGGACUGCAAAGUAUCCUAUCUGCACUGAAGCUACACGUAGAAAGAUUCAGAAUUUCCACUAUCAAGAUUCUCACGCACAACAAGGCAUCCAUCAAAUAUACGACCAAGGCGGGCAGCACGGCAUUCGUACACUUACAGAAUAUAGCAGUGCAGAUGCAAGAUGCGCGCAGCAGUUACAACCUCCAGAUAAUCUACCAACAUAUCAAGGGGAUCAACAAUGUGGAAGUGGAUAG